AUGCUGGAUUGUGUGUUGAACACGGAAAAUGAGCAUGCUAUAUCGAGCGCUUGGGUUUCUGACUGGCUUCAGCGUCCCUUGCAACGCUCCCGUCCAAACGGUCCUGCACAGGCCAAACGCCAGUGGCGCAGCACGACAACAGCCUUGGAGCUAACGAACGCUCCACGAAUGACAAGAUACGGGCCGUUCGUGAAGACGGUUGAAAGCAUCCACAGGCUCCGUUUGGCAAAUUGGCAAUACGAUGGACCCCCGUGGCUGGAGUACAUAGCCAUCAUGCACAGAAUUGAGAAGUGGGACCAAUGGACGUGCGCGCUCUGGGCUUCACGGCAAGAAGUGAAAGCAGCUUUCCCCCAACCGUCUUUCCUCUCUGUCUGUGACUCGUCAGGGAGGCAUGGGAUGAAGAUGCGGGCGCGCAAAUUUCUCGGCCUUGUUACAGAAUUAGCUACCCACGAGAAAGGGCGGAAUGUCCCGAAUUCCAAAUUCUUUUUCGAGCCGGGAUGCCAGAUCGUUCCCAUCAGCAACUCGUAUUCCCACACGCCAUCUCUGCGGGCCACAGGGGGCGUGCGGGGAUUUGAUCUGCGCGAAUGGAGGCUCUGCACCAGGCAUCAGGCUGCCCGUCGCUUGGGUGCCAAUUAG